ACCUCCCCCAUAGAACCAAUUCUAGAACCCUCUUCCUCUCUCGCUUAAACCCUUCCGGAGCUUCCCCCGUUGUCAACAAUUCCCCAAGAAGAUAAGAGACUGGCUGGCGGCCCUUCGAGCUCUGUGUCUCCCUCACUCCCUCUCGCACACUCUCUCUCUAGGGUUUAAAUUCCAGACAUGGCUCCAGUACUCAGCAGAGGCCUGACUACUGCCUCUCUUGCUUCUCCUCUCCCUUCUCCAUCUUCACUUUCGUCUGGGAACAGCAGCCGGUCGUUGUUCUUGAGGAGCGCUUUCUUGCCGCAAAAUGGGCUCAGGAGGGACUUCAGCUGUGGCGGGUUGAAGUGGAAACUCGAGAAGAGGAACAAUCGGAUUGCGGUUCGAUGCGACGCUGCCGUGGCAGAGAAAGAGGCCGCUGAGGACUCCGGGGAGAAGUUCGAGUACCAAGCUGAGGUUAGUCGUCUAUUGGACUUGAUAGUUCACAGUCUGUACAGCCACAAGGAGGUGUUUCUUCGGGAGCUUGUGAGUAAUGCAAGUGAUGCCCUUGACAAGUUGAGAUUCCUAAGCGUAACUGAGCCUGCUCUGCUUGGAGAUGCUGGUGACUUGGAGAUAAGGAUCAAACCUGACCCGGAUAAUGGAACCAUCACUAUUACAGAUACUGGUAUUGGGAUGACUAAAGAGGAGCUCGUUGACUGUCUUGGAACUAUUGCUCAGAGUGGUACCUCAAAAUUCUUGAAGGCCCUGAAGGAAAACAAGGAUCUUGGUGCAGACAAUAGUCUGAUUGGUCAAUUUGGUGUUGGGUUCUAUUCAGCCUUUCUGGUUGCUCAGAAGGUUGUGGUGUCCACAAAGAGCCCAAGGUCCGAUAAACAAUAUGUCUGGGAAGCAGAAGCUGAUAGUAGCUCUUAUGUGAUUAAAGAGGAGACGAAUCCUGAGAAGUUUCUUCGUCGUGGAACACAAAUAACACUUUACUUGAAGGAAGAUGAUAAAUAUGAGUUUUCAGAGCCCACCAGAAUACAGAGUUUGGUAAAGAACUACUCACAGUUUGUUUCCUUCCCCAUCUACACAUGGCAAGAGAAGUCCCGUACAGUCGAGGUAGAAGAGGAAGAGGAACCAAAGGAAGGGGAAGAAGCAAAACCAGAGGAAGACGAAAAGAAGAAGAAGACGAUAACUGAGAAGUACUGGGACUGGGAAUUGGCUAAUGAAACAAAGCCAAUCUGGAUGCGUAAUCCAAAGGAAGUGGAGAAGGAUGAAUACCAUGAAUUCUACAAGAAAACAUUCAACGAAUUCCUUGACCCACUUGCGUAUUCUCACUUCACUACUGAGGGUGAGGUAGAGUUCAGGAGUGUUAUUUUCAUACCCGGAAUGGGCCCUCUCAACAAUGAGGACGUUGUCAAUCCAAAGACAAAGAACAUCCGCCUGUAUGUGAAACGAGUAUUCAUCUCAGAUGACUUUGAUGGUGAACUUUUUCCACGAUACUUGAGUUUCGUUAAAGGUGUGGUGGACUCAGAUGACCUUCCCCUUAAUGUUUCUCGAGAGAUUCUUCAAGAAAGCCGAGUUGUAAGAAUCAUGAGGAAGAGGCUCGUGAGGAAAACAUUUGACAUGAUUCAAGAAAUCUCUGAGAGCGAAAGUAAAGAGGAUUACAAGAAAUUCUGGGAGAACUUUGGGAGAUUCUUGAAGUUGGGAUGCAUUGAGGACACCGGGAACCACAAGAGAAUAACCCCACUUUUGCGUUUUUACACUUCAAAAAGUGAGGCGGAGUUAAUGAGCUUGGACGAGUAUGUUGAGAACAUGGGCGAGAACCAGAAAGCUAUAUACUACCUGGCCACAGACAGCUUGAAGAGUGCAAAAUCUGCUCCUUUCUUGGAGAAGUUGGUGCAGAAGGAUAUCGAGGUGCUCUAUCUUAUUGAGCCAAUUGAUGAAGUUGCAAUCCAGAACCUGCAGACCUACAAGGAGAAGAAGUUUGUUGACAUCAGCAAGGAAGAUCUAGAGCUUGGGGAUGAGGACGAGGUCAAAGAACGGGAGACAGAGCAGGAAUUCAAUCUCCUCUGUGAUUGGAUAAAGCAGCAGCUCGGCGACAAGGUGGCGAAGGUACAAGUCUCGAAGCGUCUGAGCUCGUCUCCGUGUGUGCUUGUUUCUGGAAAGUUCGGUUGGUCUGCUAAUAUGGAAAGAUUGAUGAAAGCUCAGGCUCUCGGAGAUACUUCAAGUUUGGAGUUCAUGAGGGGAAGGAGAAUACUGGAGGUCAACCCUGAUCAUCCCAUCAUCAAAGAUCUGAAUGCCGCGUGCAAGAAUGCUCCCGACAGUUCUGAUGCCAAGAGAGCGGUCGACCUCCUAUAUGACACAGCUCUCAUCUCCAGUGGGUUCUCACCCGAUAGCCCAGCCGAGUUGGGGAACAAGAUUUACGAGAUGAUGGCAAUGGCGCUAGGAGGAAGGUGGGGGCACGCAGAAGAUGCAGCGGACGAUUUGAGCAGUAAUAAUUUCGCCGAGUCAGAUUCGACUGAAGGUGGGGCAACAGAGGCAGAGGUCGUGGAGCCCUCGGAAGUGAGGGCGGAGAGUGAUCCAUGGAGCGACUAAUCAAGUGCCCUCCAGAUUGAUUAAUUACGAAAAGUUUUGAUAUUAUUCUUUGCACGGACAGACAUUUUUGGCAAAAACUUGAGUGUAGGAUUAUGAUAUACGAAAACGCAUCGUUCAGUUGUCAGUACAUUAGUUUUGCCUAGACCCUUAUGAUCCCGAGCUAUCGAAAGCAUCUUAUGAUCCCGAGCUA